AUGGCUACAGGCGCUGAAUCCGAAAAUGGGCCCGAAUCGAAACAGGGAGCGUCAGUGGAGGUCGGCGGCGGCCGUGUGCGGUUUAACAUUGAGUUGAAUCCCUGGGAGACCACGAUUGUCUCCUGGAAAAAGCUUUUGAAAAAGGCAAAUAUAAGUGUGGCCGAUGUGCCCGAUCCGUCAGCUCCGGGCCCAUCUUUUGAAGCCCCUGGCCACGCCGUAGCGGAGCCGCCAACUCCUCCUGUGAGCAACCGUGUGGAUUUUGUUUUGUGUAUGUGGAACUUGCAGGGCAGCAGCGAUGACGAUGACUACGACACUGAUGAUUCAUUCAUUGAUGAUAUUGAGUUGGAGGAAUCUCCAAGUAUGACAAAUCUUGAGAAUGCCUUUGGAGAGUUGGCGAAGAUAGUUGCACAAUUGAGACCACCUUCUACACAUCCUCAGGAUCCAGUUAAUCAAUCUCACUCGGGCAAAAAGAGAUUGCCUUCAGAAAUAAAACUGGAGCUUGCAAAAGUGGCUAGAAUAGCGGCCUCCUGCUAUGAACGGAUUCCGAAAGAAGUUAUAGACCGUCUAAUGAGCAUCUUGGGCCACUUGAUGCAGAUUACAACACUGAAGAGAAAUCUUCGAGCUAUGGCUAAUGCGGGAUUAUCCGCUAAACAAGAGAAGUAUGAUAAAAUACAGAAGAUGAAACAAGAAGUUGCAGAAAUGGUGAAAUCACGGGAUGCGGGCAAGAAACACAAACACAGCUUCAACAAUGUGUUGGAAAAUAAAAUUUGUAAAUUAUAUGAUCUUUAUGUUGAGAGUCUAGAAGAAGACUCAUGUCGUCCGGUCGAAAAGCUAUAUGAAGAGCUGGCUUUGUUGUGGCCCGGUGGCUUCAUGAAUACUAAUAGGAUUAAACGCGCUAUAUACAGAGCUAAAGAAAGGAAUGGCAUUCGCAGUUUCAGAAAGUUGACGAGCAAAAUAGCUCGCAGUUCUGUCACCUCAAAUAGCCCCAAUCCAGGCAAAAUGAAAGAAGUUGAUCACCAGCAGCAACCUAGACCAUAUGUGGGUACAAAGCCGUCAAGCUUGCAACCGAAAAAGAAAGCAAAACGGAUGCCCAAUGCCGAGGUGGCUGAAGCCAUUAUUCGCCUUGAGAAGCUGGUUAUUUCGCAAGGCACAAACUUGAUAAGCUGCUAA